GUGCGCCAGCGAGGUGGUGUGUUGCGCGCCGCCGGCUCACAAGCACGCGGUCCCGCGUCCUGCCCUCGUAGCACAAAGCGCCCCAGCAGCCAUGCUGCUUCCCACGCGCUUCUGAAUCUCCCGGCUCGUUCCCUGCACACUGCGCCGACACCACAUUCCUAUUAUUUACCUUCCCGGUGAUAAUAAGUUUUUGCCCGAAAGCGUCCACUAAGAAUCACACGACGUUAGUCAAAGCAAAUAAAACAAUACCCGAGGAAGGCUCUCUGAUCUUCGAGGGACGGAGCACGUGCUCCAGUGCCUGACCGAGGCGUGUUUCCUCGAACACACAGGCAACGCGACUGGCAGUGAUUGCGUUCCCAGCUGCCACGACUCGUCAGGAAAAUCAACGCUACUAUAUUCCAGUGCUAACAGCCCAUUCCUGGAAGGGUUUCUUGGUGCUUCUUCGCUCAGGCUUCUCCGAAAGGCCGUGGCAGCCGCGUCUUUGAGACGGCAGCAAUGGUCACUCCCCAGCCUGCUGUAGAAUCACAUCGGUUCGUCUUUUCCUGCUGGUACUGUAAGUGAGAUUUGGCAACAAGGCAAGGCAGACUGCAGCGGUAUCAUAGUUUUCCGUGACGGAUAUUCACCGUUGAAAGGGUGGUCAGCUCCCUGACCGAGCAGCUUGAGCUACCGCGCCAGCAGCCCUUCGGCUACAGCGGCGGCCUUCAGGAGCAGUCAGCUGUUCCAUUGAAACCAACUGAGACAUCACGUGCAGACGGGCUUCAUCGCAGCGGUAUAGUUCGAAGUCUUCACGUACGCUCUUCAGACGUUCCAUAAGUCUUGUGCGGGACGAUUUCUGAGCGCAUCUUCCGAAGAGGCAAUCUUACAAAUAAGGUGAAGCAAGGACUGCGAGUGCCAGGUUCCAGCAACGGUUGUGAAGCCUCUGUGUUGAAUAAGGUCUCCAUCUCUACGGACGUAAUGCAUGUAUGGAGAUCAACUAACAAGACAUCUGACCGCCUGGGGCGAUACGCCGUACCAACGCCGAAGAUCCUUCCGCAACCAUGAUCAAAAGAGUGGUUGGCUUGUUAUAAUAACAAGCUGAAGGCUAUGGAGUCGUGGCAGCCAAAUCCGCGCGCUCAGCCUUUCGUUCCAAAGCGAGGCUAUGGACUCUACAGUCCACAGACAGUAAUAACACGUCCGCUAAAUCGGAAACGCAUUCUCACGAAAAUAUUCAAGGCCCUGCUGGUCGUCGUGCUCCUAAUAACGAUUGGCAUCAAUGUGAUGUUCAUCAUGGACACCAGUCGCCGUCUUCAGGAAGAAGCCUUCCGCGCCAAGGAUGGAGGAGAGUUCGUUGAUGGCGAGAGCAGAAGAAAUAGCCUGAGGCUGCAGGAAAGUCAGCCCAAAUCCCUAGCAAUAGAUGUUCUCUCCAGCCAAUCCAAGGUGUCUGUUUCAGUUGAUGGUACAACGAUUCUGGAGGACAACGAAGAGCAUAAGGGCCGAGGAAUACACGUUCUAGUAUUGAACCAAGCAAGUGGAAGCGUAAUGGCACAACGAAUAUUUGAUACCUAUUCCCCACAUGAAGACGAGGCCAUGGCACUAUUUCUUAAUAUGGUGUCAGAUGGAAGGAUAAUCAUUUUUGCUAUAAAGGAUGAAGGAACAUUUCAAAUGAAACAGCCUGCCCGAGAUUUGUUGAGACGUCUUGGCUCUAAGCGUUCACAAGUAAUAGGAUGGAGGGAUAUGUGGGCAAUGGUAACACAAAAGGGCUCAAAAAUGUUUGGCGAAUCUUAUAGUAAAAGCACUGAAUUCAAUACCUGGGGAGCCCCAGUUAUGCUCCAUGCAGAAAUUCCCCUUGUACCUGCUGAAGACAGUGAAUGUUAUUGGCCAGACAAUGAGGAAAACAGAAGGCGAAGGCAGUUUUGUAACCACAUUGAAGGUUAUGGAAGUGUCUGCAGCUGCCAAGACCCUGCACCAAUAAUUUUUAGCCCUGAACCAGUAAUAAACAACAAGGUCCAUGAUGUACCAGUUGCAAUCAUUGCCAGCAACAGGCCACAUUACUUAUACAGAAUGUUGCGGUCCCUUCUGUCAGCCAGUGGUGCAAACCCAGAAAUGAUUACUGUUUUCAUUGACGGAUACUUUGAAGAACCACUGGAAGUCACUAAACUGUUUGGUUUACGAGGCAUUCAGCACACACCAAUUGGAGUUAAAAAUGCACGGAUAUCCCAACAUUACAAGGCCUCUUUAACAGCUACCUUUAAUAUUUUCCCACAGGCCAGAUAUGCAAUUAUUGUAGAAGAAGACUUAGAUGUGUCUCCAGAUUUCUUCAGUUAUUUUAGCCAAACUCUGAGAUUGCUUGAGGAAGAUGAUUCAAUCUACUGCAUCUCUGCCUGGAAUGAUCAAGGAUAUGAACAUACAAGUAGUGAUCCAAGCUUACUAUAUAGAGUAGAAACAAUGCCUGGUCUUGGCUGGAUACUAAAACGAUCUCUUUACAAGGAUGAACUGGAAUCUAAAUGGCCAACUCCUGAGAAGAAGAUGUGGGACUGGGACAUGUGGAUGCGCCUUCCCGAAGUCCGAAAAGGAAGAGAAUGUGUCAUACCUGAUGUUUCCAGAACAUACCAUUUUGGAGCAUCAGGGCUCAACAUGAAUUCAUAUUUCCAAGAUGUGUACUUCAAAAAGCAUUCAUUCAACACACAGCCAUACGUCGAAUUAAAAAAUAUAGACAGUAUCAAGAAAGAUAAUUAUGAAGAAGUGAUCAUUGGAAUGAUAAAGCAUGCUAAUAUUUUAGAUCACAGCAAGUCACCAUGUGAAGAGAGUUUUGUCCCAGAAAAAAAGGGAGAAACAAAUGUAAUGUUCAUUAAAAUGGAUGAGCCCAAAGACUUUGCAACAUGGCUUCAGGUUGCUAAGUGUUUCAAAAUAUGGGACCUUGAUGCUAGAGGUCAUCAUAAGAGCAUGUGGAGGAUGCAUAUGAAAGGCAGUGAAAUGCUAGUAAUAGGAGUUCCAAAUUCAGAAUACUCAAUAUACAAGCCAUCAAACAUAACACCAAUAUAUUUGGAAGCUCAAGCAGAUAAAGGGAAGAUCAGGUAGCAGCUCCUUAUUGGUGGACAAGAUUCGUCAGACAUUUGUUGUCACAAUCCUGAGCCCCAUAUUGUGUUUUGUCAUAAGUACAAAAACUGAACUUCACCUCAACAUCCAGUAUUUACAGAUAGUUCUGCAAACACAACAGUGGUGUGAAUAAAUGUUGAUUCAUAUGAUGAGGCAUGUGUGAGAACUGUAAACUGUGAUUUUUAAGGCAACGGAACAACGUGAAUAAUAUAACAAGCAUGAUGCUUUGUGAAUAAAGAACAUUUCCCCUGUUAACUGUGACAAAAUGUGUAGAUGACUGUACAGUAAUGAAAUAAUUCCCAAUUUUCAAAGAUGUAAAGUACUCUCUAUGUGUAAAAAUAAAAUUUGUGAAUGUUGUAGAAUUGCCUGUUUUGCUCGCUAUUUGUGAUUUUACACACACUGAGUAAUUAAAUGUGUGAUUUAUUGUUACCAAUAAAAUAAAGAAAUAUGGUAAUAUUUA